AUGAAAAGCAAAGGUGACAAGAAAAUUAUCCUUAGUAUAAUACGUAGAGAGCUUCUUAAAAAUCAGAGAAACCAACAAAAAAAAAAAAAAGCUGGAGAACUAAGAACAAGGAAGAAGAGCCUCCAGAAUCUUCAUCUCAAGAUUAAUAUUAAUUACACAAAAAAAGAUAUGGGUUACUGGAAAUCGAAGAUUGUUCCAACAAUGAAGAAAUUGUUUGAGAGAAGCCCAACAAACAAGGAUGUUGUCGCUGAGGCUAGCAAGACCCCAGCCUUUGAUGAGUCUAAGGAAGCAAUCAACAAGGAGGUUGAGGAGAAAAAGACAGAGCUGGAACCCAAGGUCUUGGAAAUCUAUGAAGCCACGUCUGCUGAACUCAAGGCUUUGGUGAGGGAGCCUAAAGAAGAUGGUUUAACGAAACACUCUGCCGAAGUGCAGAAAUUCCUCGAGGCACUUGUUGAAAUUGGAUUCCCUGGAUCAAAGGAUGCAUGUGAACUUUUAUCUACUAGCCCCGGACCAGUGACGUUCAUAUUUGAGAAGGUAUGUGGCUUUCUCCCGGUGGAGGAGAAGUCACGAGAGGUGGAAAAUGUGGAAGAAGUCGCCAAAACUGAAGAACCAUCCAAAGAAGAUGAUAUUACAACCGCCGAGAAAGAGAAAGAAACAGUUGAAGAGAAGAAAGAAGAGGCUCUACCAGCAAUUGUUCCCGUCGUGGCGGUUGUGGAGGAGAAGGCGCCAGCCGUGGAAGAGGAAAAGAAGGAAGCGGUGGAAGAGGAGAAGAAGCCAGUGGAAGAGGUGAACAAGGAAGUUGUUGCCGCAGCACCUGUGGCUGAAACUCCGUCGACCACGGUCACAGCAGCUCCGGUGGUUGAAACUCCGUCGACCACGGUCACAGCAGCUCCGGUGGUUGAAACUCCGGCAAAGGCCCCCGAAACCGUGGCGGCUGAGCCAGCAAAGGUUUAAAAUAUUCUAAAUGGUACAUUUCUUUUAUGAAAAAACAUUGCUUGUUUUGUGUUGAUAUUAUUUGGUUUUUAAAUUUAUUUAUAAUGUGGAUAUUAUAUGUAUUAAUUUGCUUGUUUGAGUUGUAUAUUUGAAGAUCCA